AGAUGGCGGAGCGACGCGAGCGGCACGGGAUGCGCUCGCCCGAUAUCGGAGCAAAGUUCUUUCUAUGAUGUGCGAAUGAUUUGGAUCCACGUAUGGGACAACCCUUCUUAAAGUGGACAUUUGAAGGGGAAGCUGUUGUGAGUGACCGCAGUGGAGUCUCCUCUGAUUCAACAUGACAGCAGUGGAAAGCGUCGGCUCUUUGUCCUGUCACCUCUCAUGGCUGCUUCAAGAGCUCGCCUGUGUCUUUUUGUCAUCCAGCGCUCUGAUAAUGAACAGCUGCUAGAAAACUUUCCCCACACCUCCUCUGCUCAACCAAAUUUAUGAAGCACCGAAAGGUUCAACACCAAAGGAGUACCGUUCAAACACACAAGCCAUCUUUUCCCGUGAUGUCUUCAGUGGCUUAUGCGUAGGGUUAUUUUAUGGACGUGCGGAACAAGAUACGCAACAGGACAAGCGGCGAAACCGUCGCUGGCUAUGGGGACCAUGGUGACCUAGAAUUAGCUGUCGUUUUAUAGCAGGGCAACGUUAUUCCUGUCUAAUACACCCUCUUCUUUUCCGGAGCGGGCACUGCCCUCUCAUUCCCUACCACUCACUUGGCCAACGCAGCCAUGGCUGGAGUGAGAAAGUUGACACGAGCCCUCAGGCAUCAGGGUCUUCACCGCCUGAUCGUAGCGCUCAUACUUUUCUGCCUGCUCUCCAUGGUCUACCUAGCUUACCACGUCAGCGCUGGACCCAAAAUCAAGGAAGCUCCCCUGCCACUCCCAUUGGGGGACUGUGUUGCCACAUCAGUCAUUGGACAAAGAGCUCCGCUGUUUUCACCAUCCCAGGUCAGACACUCGGGUAGGACUGCCGAUAGCUCACGGACCGAGCCUGUGGUCCUGCUGUUUGUCGAGAGCAUCUACUCUCAACUCGGACAGGAGAUCGUCGCCAUUUUAGAGUCGAGUCGCUUUCACUACCGCACCGAAAUCGCACCCGGAAAGGGUGACAUGCCUCCCCUGACGUGGCGAGGCCGGGGGCGAUACACUCUCAUCGUCUACGAGAAUCUUCUCAAGUACGUCAACUUGGAUUCUUGGAACCGUCAGUUGCUGGAUAAGUACUGCCAGGACUAUGGAGUUGGAAUCAUUGGGUUUUACCGCGCAAAUGAAAACUCGCCAUCCAGCGCUCAACUAAGAGGCUUUCCUCUCUUCCUGCGUUCAAACCUGCCACUUUGGGACUACAGAGUCAACCCCGCCGCACCGCUGCUCUACAUCACCAAGCCCAAUGAGCUAGAACCGGGCCCUUUGCCUGCAGAUAACUGGACUAUUUUCUUAUCCAACCACAGCACCUAUGAGCCGGUUCUGUUAGCAAGCCCCAGACCAACAGAACUGAAUCAACUUCCAACACAUUCUCACCAACAGAGGGCGCUGCUGGCUACGGUCAUACAGGACCUGGGCCUUCAUGAUGGGAUCCCACGGGUGUUCUUUGGUGGAAGCUUGUCUUUCUGGUUGCACAAGCUGCUGUUUGUGGAUGCUGUUGGGUAUUUAACCGGCAGGCGGCUGAGUUUGUCAUUGGACAGAUUUUUACUGGUGGAUGUGGAUGAUAUCUUUGUUGGGAAGGAGGGGACGCGCAUGAAAGUGGCAGAUGUGGAGGCGCUACUUCACACACAGAACAAACUCCGUUCUCUGGUUCCUAAUUUCACCUUCAACCUGGGAUUCUCCGGAAAGUUUUUCCAUACAGGUACUGACGAGGAAGAUGAAGGAGACGACACUCUGCUCAGACACAGGCAGGAGUUCUGGUGGUUUCCUCACAUGUGGAGUCACAUGCAGCCUCACCUCUUCCACAACGUCAGCGUGCUGGCAGAACAGAUGAGACUCAACAAGCAGUUUGCACAUGAACAUGGGGUCCCCACCGACAUGGGUUACGCUGUAGCCCCCCAUCACUCGGGUGUUUAUCCUGUGCAUAGUCAGCUAUAUGAGGCUUGGAAGAGCGUGUGGGGCAUCAAGGUGACCAGCACCGAAGAAUAUCCUCAUCUCAGACCCGCUCGCUACCGCAGAGGCUUCAUACACAAUGGCAUACAGGUUCUUCCUCGGCAGACGUGUGGGCUGUUCACGCACACCAUCUUCUAUAAAGAUUACCCAGGAGGCCCUCAGGAGCUGGACAAAAGCAUCCGGGGUGGAGAGCUGUUUCUUACUGUGCUUCUUAAUCCGGUCAGCAUAUUCAUGACUCACCUGUCAAACUACGGCAAUGACCGGCUGGGCCUGUACACCUUUGAGUCAUUGGUGAGGUUUGUGCAAUGCUGGACUCACCUGCGCCUGCAGACGUUGCCUCCCGUCCGACUCGCUCAAAAAUACUUCCAGAUUUUCCCUGACGAGAGAGACCCCUUGUGGCAGAAUCCAUGUCAUGACAAGAGACACAAAGACAUUUGGUCCAAGGAGAAGACCUGUGACAGACUGCCAAAGUUUUUAGUGAUUGGCCCUCAGAAGACAGGAAGUACUGCACUCCACUCCUUUCUCACCCUCCACCCUGCCAUUACCAGCAGUUUUCCCAGCACGGUUACCUUUGAAGAGGUGCAGUUCUUCAGCGGACCAUACUACCAGCGUGGCAUUGACUGGUAUAUGGAUUUUUUCCCCGUCCCCUCGAAUGCCAGUACAGACUUCCUGUUUGAGAAAAGCGCAAAUUACUUUGACACUGAGACUGUCCCAAAGAGAGCAGCCGCCCUGUUGCCAAGAGCCAAAAUCAUCACUAUACUCAUAAACCCUGCUGACCGGGCACACUCAUGGUACCAGCAUCAGAGGGCUCAUCAGGACCCUGUGGCUCUAAACUAUACAUUUCAUGAGGUGAUCACUGCAGGUCCCUCAUCACCCGCCGCUCUGCUGUCGCUGCAUCUCCGCUGUCUGCAGCCCGGGGCUUACAGCAGCCAUCUGGAGCGCUGGCUGCACCAUUACCAACCCAGUCAGCUGCUGAUGGUGGACGGCGUGCAGUUACGCUCCAGUCCUGCUCACGUGAUGGAUGAGAUCCAGAAGUUCCUGGGAGUUACACCUUAUUACAACUACACUCAAGCUCUGAUGUUUGAUGAGGGUAAAGGUUUCUGGUGUCAGAAAGUGGAGGCGGGCCGCUCUCACUGUCUGGGAAAAAGUAAAGGAAGGAAAUAUCCAGAAAUGAACCCUGAGUCGAGGGUGUUUCUGUCCGAGUAUUACCGCGAGCACAAUGUGGAGUUGCUCAGGCUGUUGAAACAUCUCGGGCAGCCGCUGCCCGUCUGGCUCAGAGACGAGCUGCACAAUGCCAGCUGGAGCUGAUGAGAAGCUACACGAGGAGAAGCACGCUGGGGAACUUAAGGCCUGUGAGUGCGGCAAGAGUGAGAACAGGAUAACUGAACCUCUCGCCCUACAUGCGCCGCACCGGCUCGGAAAUACGGGCCAAUCACGCUCAGUCCACAGAAGAUCAAACCAAGCCCUCGGUGAUGAGGUCGACCUCUUUAUGGAAACUUGUAGUGUACAUUCGUGGAAUCAUGGAAAUAAAUGAGAGCUUCCAGAGAUGUUGACUGGCUGUUUUAAAACACAAAUAGUCCUCUGAGACAUGGCACAAACCUCCAGGACAUUAUGAACAUUCAGUGGACAUGUCUAUGAAUGAGGGUCUGGCAGAGAUUUAUUUAAAUUUUAUUCUUAAAAGUGUUCAAUUCUGCCAAGCAGAAGUAUUUAAAUGUGUCUUAUCAUUUUUGCUGCCUUUAUCUUUAAGAACCGUGCUGUUUAAAUUAUUUCUGUUUGAGACGUCAACAUUGUACAGGCCAAGAAACACAUGUAAAAAUGUAUUUUUAAUGAACUAAGCCAAUGUUUUUUUUUCAAAGAAAUGUCAAAUUUAUUUAAGAUGAUUUAUGAUUUGCAUAUCGCUGACCACAUUUUGUGAUGCAACCAUGCAAAGACUGGUAGGCAGUAUCAUUGGUAUCUUUACACAAACAUGUCAUAAAUUAAAGCAACGUCACAAAAGCUCAUUUCAGAUAGCAUCCUGUCUAGAAGGUAACUCACUAUCUUUUGAAACAGAACUAAUAUUUGUGCAGUCUCAAAACUGUUUAUCUGUGCCAAACCAAACUGCACAUUAAGAGAAUCAAAUGUUUCGAUCAAAAUCGCCAUAUGCCGCAGACUUUCAUCUCCAAUGAGUGAAUGUGUUUUGUGUGUGUGUAACAGUUUGUUUAAAAAAGUCUCAACUUGAUUUCACAAUAAUGUGAUCUGAAGUAUGGAGUUCAUCUUGGGAAAUAAAGGCACAAAAUGAAGAA